UCGCCGAGCUCCACUCCACUAGCUUCACAGCUCUCCCUCUCUCUCUCUCUCUCUCUCUCUCUCUCUCUAGUGCUCUGUUUCUUGAAGCAAGAACCAGAGCAAUGGAGCUCCGUCCCCUCUCCCUCCUCUUCGUCCUCCUCGCCCUCCUUCCCUUCUCAGAUGCAGGGUCGAUCGGGGUGAACUACGGCCGCGUCGCGGACAACCUCCCGUCGGCGAACAAGGUGGUGAAGCUCCUCAAGUCGCAGGGAAUCGGCAAGAUCAAGGUCUACGACACCGACCCCGCCGUCCUCCACGCCUUGGCGAACUCUGGCAUCAAGGUGACCGUCGCCGUCCCGGACGCGCUCCUCUUCGCCGCUGCCCGGAGCCAAUCCUUCGCCAACUCCUGGGUCCAGCGCAAUGUGGCUGACUACCACCCCGGCACCCAGGUAGAGGCCAUCGCCGCCGGCAACGAGGUGUUCGUGGAGGCCAACACCACCACCAAGUACCUCGUCCCCGCCAUGAAGAACCUCCACACCGCCCUCGUCAAGUUCAACCUCCAUAACCAGGUGAAGGUCUCCUCCCCCAUCGCCCUCAGCGCCCUCCAGAACUCAUUCCCCUCCUCCGCCGGCUCCUUCCGGCCCGAGUUCGUCGAGCCGGUGUUCAAGCCCAUGCUUGAGUUCCUCCGCCAGACUGGCUCCUAUCUCAUGGUCAACAUCUACCCCUUCUUCGCGUACGAGACCAAUGCCGACGUUAUCCCCCUCGACUACGCCCUCUUCCGGGAAAACCCCGGCGUCGCCGAUUCCGGCAACGGGCUUCGGUACUUCAGCCUCUUCGACGCUCAGAUCGACGCCGUCUUUGCCGCCAUGUCGGCCCUUAAGUAUGAUGAUGUCGGGGUGGUGGUGACGGAAACGGGGUGGCCCUCGAAGGGAGACCAGAGCGAGACCGGGGCCAGCAUGGAGAAUGCAGCCGCCUACAACGGCAACUUGGUCCGGCGAGUCCUCUCAGGCGGUGGGACCCCGCUCCGGCCAAAGGCGGACCUCACCGUCUACCUCUUUGCCCUCUUCAACGAGGACAAGAAGAACGGGCCCACCUCGGAGCGCAACUUCGGCCUCUUCUACCCCAACGAGGAGAAGGUCUACGACAUACCCUUCACCGUCGAGGGCCUGAAGCACUACCACGACACCCACUCCCGUUCAUCCGGCGGGGGGCAGAGGACGGUGACCUCCCCGGUGAGGGGCGGUGUAUCGAAGAGCGGGGCUGGAAACACGUGGUGCGUGGCGAACGCGGGGGCCGGGAAGGAGAGGCUGCAGGCGGCGCUAGACUACGCGUGCGGCGAGGGAGGGGCAAACUGCCAGCCGAUCCAGCCGGGGGACGCGUGUUACAGUCCCAACACGCUGGAGGCCCACGCCUCCUACGCCUUCAACAGCUACUACCAGAAGAAGGGCCGCGCCGGCGGGAGCUGUUACUUCGGCGGCGCCUCCUACAUAGUCUCGGAGCAACCAAAGUAUGGGAAGUGCGAGCUCCCGACUGGAUACUGAAGAUCGAUUGAGAUCGAGAGAGGGAGUGAAGAGAUCUGAGGGUAGAAAGGACUAAUUCAAAUUUGUAGUGGCACUUUUUAGAAAUUAAUAUUAAUAUUUUUUUUGUGGUGGGGGGCUUCUCUGUAAUUAUUCAGGAGUUAUGGGGGCUGCUAGCAAAUUACUUCCACUAGCUUCAUUUUGCAUGCAUGUUGACGUUGAUGUUUUUAUGGCGAAAUGUCCCAAAUAUGAUAAUCUUUCUAUCAAUUGGUUAUGGACUAUUAAAUUUUUCCAUGUUGCA